UGUGAUCAUCAUCCAUCACUAAGGAUGAUGAUCACAACUUAGUGCAGUGCCUCAUGCUAGCUUGCAUGAGUCCAGGGCUUCAAAAACGUUUUGAAUUCCAUAAAGCCCGUGAUAUGAUCCGGGAAUUGGAUGCUCUGUACAAGGAAACCGCAAAGUCUGAACGAUAUGAUAUCAUGAAGGCUUUGAUGGAUUGCAAGAUGGCUGAGGGUAGUUCAGUUGGCGAACACGUGGUCAAAAUGAUUGGCUAUUCUGAAAGGCUUAAAGCCCUAGAAUUUCCACUUCCACCUGGCCAUAUGAUGGACAUGUUGCUUUCUUCACUCCCCCCGUCUUACGACGGUUUUGUCAUGAACUACAACAUGACAGGGAUGGAGAAGACGCCGGAAGAAGUGCUCGCCAUGCUGAAAACUACAGAAGGAGGACUGCGGAAAAAUCGCAAGCAAGUGUUGCUUGUGAAUAAAACCGCCAGUUUCAAAAAGAAGAAAGGCAAGCCAAAGAAGGGCAAGGGCACCGGUAAGACCGGCUCCCAAAGCAACUCUAAGGGCGGAGCCAAGAAUGAAACUGAGUGCUUCUACUGCAAGGGCACAGGACACUGGAAGAGAAACUGCAAGAAGUAUCUGGAAGAUAAGAAGACCGGGAAAACCGGAAAAGGGACUUCAGAAGGUGCGCAAGCUAGCAAAGAAUGAAGUCGUGAUGCGCGUCGGGAACGGCGCUGGGAUCGCCGCUCAAGCCGUCGGCAUUAUGCCUCUACGUCUCCCUUCAGGAUUUAUCUUAGAAUUAAGUAACUGUUAUUUUGUUCCACUGUUGUGUAGAAACAUUAUCUCUGGAUCAUGUUUGGUACACGAUGGGUAUUCGUACAAGUCUGAGAACAAUGGUUGUUCACUUUAUUGUAAGGAUAUGUUUUAUGGAUUUGCACCCAUUGUUGGGGGCCUUUUCAUACUAAAUCUUGAAUGUGGAAAUGAUGUCUUUAACGUGAAUGCUAAACGCCUUAAGAAGGCUGAUACCACCACCACUUUCAUGUGGCACUGUCGCCUUGGCCACAUCGGUAAGAAACGCAUGCAAAGACUCCAUAAAGAUGGAGUUUUACCGUCCCUUGAUUUUGAAUCAUUUGACACAU